UACAUAAGUGUUUCUCUGACCCAGCUCUACACAUCGAUCUGACUGUGAGGCUGAAACCAGUAUAAUACACCUAUACCCACUGACAACAUGCCCGCAUCCAACCAAACGAACGGAACGUCAAAAAAUGAUGAGCUCCAACAGUACGAUGUUAUAGUUGUAGGAGCAGGAUUCUCUGGGAUCAGCACGUUGCAUCGCUUGAGGAAGGAGGGACUGAAAGCCCAUAUCUUUGAGUCUGCUUCUGGCUUUGGUGGUGUGUGGCACUGGAACAGGUAUCCAGGCGCACGCGUUGACUCGGAGACGCCCUUCUACCAGCUCAACAUCCCGGAAGUAUACAAGACCUGGAGCUUCUCGCGACGUUUUCCCGAUCAUAUAGAGCUGCGCGACUACUUUACACAUAUCGACCGAACGCUCAACCUGCGGAAAGAUGUAUCAUUCAAUUCGAAAGUGAACAACUGUACCUGGGACAAAGAGGCCUCACAGUGGACCGUCACAACCGAGAACGGAGCGAAAGCCAAAGCGCAGUUCCUGAUCAUGGCAACCGGUCUCCUCCACAAACCGCACUUGCCAUCCUGGGAGGCUCAGCAGACAUUUAAAGGCCCCAUCUACCACUCUUGCGACUGGCCCAGGAACUCGAAUCUCACGGGAAAGAAAGUAGCGGUGAUCGGCGCUGGAGCAACUGCCGUCCAAAUCGUCCAAGAGCUCGGUAAACAGGCUUCUCAGCUCGUUAACUUCGUCCGUCGCCCCUCGUACUGCCUCCCUAUGGGCCAGCGUACCUGGACCGAAGAAGAACAACGUGCCUGGAAAGCCUUCUACCCCUCGCUCUUCAAGACCGGACGAGAGAGUUUCGCAGGCUUUCCAAUCGAGCGCCCCUACGGGAAGACGAGAGUGCAAGACGUCAGCCCCGACGAGCGCGAGAAACACUACGAAACGAUCUGGGCGAGUGGAGCCUUCCACUUCACGAUGCUGAACUACAGCAACGUGGCGUUUGACAAGGGAGCUAACAGAAUCGUAUACGAGUUCUGGAAGAAAAAGGUCAGAGAACGCUUGACGGAUCCGAAGAAGCAGGCGCUCAUGUGUCCCGAAGAGCCACCCUACUUCUUCGGCACGAAACGCACACCACUCGAACACGAUUACUAUGACGUGCUCAAUCAGUCGAACGUCGAAGUCGUCGAUCUGAACACGCAUCCCAUUGCCGCCUUCACGGAACGGGGUCUGCGCCUUGAAGGCGAGGAAGGCGAGAGGGAGUUCGAUGCGGUUGUGUGUGCGACUGGAUUCGAUUCAUUCACAGGGAGUCUGUGUAACAUGGGGCUGACGAACAAAGACGGUGUGGACAUCAGAGAUGUGUGGAAGGAAGGGGUGAGGACGUAUAUGGGUAUCGUGAUGAAUGGGUUCCCGAAUGCUUUUAUGGUGUACUCUCCGCAGGCGCCUACUGCGUUUUCCAAUGGGCCGACAAUCAUCGAAUGCCAAUCCGACCUCAUCGUCGAGACCAUCGCCUCGUUGCGAAGAGAAGGCAAGGCGAGCAUCGAAGCAACUAAAGAGGCCGAAGAUGAGUGGAAGAAGAACAUGAACACGAUGGUCGAACAUACACUUUUCCCGUACACGAACAGCUGGUGGAACACCUCCAAUAUCCCGGGCAAGAAAGCAGAGAACCAGUCGUACAUUCUAGGCAUUCACAUGUAUGAGAAGGAGUGUCGUGAGAGACUCGGUAGGUGGCAGGGGUUUGAGGUUGCUGCUGCGUAAGCGGUGCGGAGAGAUAUGGUAGCCUGGAGGUAUCCAAGGUACUCUGCUACCAAGGUCGACUCGGAAGCGACGGUGUUUUGAAUGGUAGCGACGAUGCACAAAUCCACGGUUCCAAACUUCGAAUCUCGAAAGGUGAAGGCUUACC